AUGAAUGAAGAUUCAUUAAAAGAGCGAUGGGUGAAUAGAGCAAAGAAUAACAAGAAUCAUCAACAUGAAUAUUGUUUAUGCCGUGAAUGUCUAGAGAUUGAAUUAAGACUGAGACUGUGCCAUCAGUUCUUGAACGUAACCAUCAUGCUGGAGUGGAACAGAGUUGGAGAAAGAGAAAGAACACAAAAAAAAAGCUUUAAAAAAGCUCUCAUCAGAGCAAUGUCAAUACGACACAAUCAUAAACGUCAAUUCAAGGCAAAAUGUUUAUUGGUGGACAUUUUCACUCUCACUUUUCAUCGUUAA